AUGAACUCACCUUCAGUUUUAUUGAAAAAACAUAUGAAGGAAAAAGUGGAGAAUAUGAGUGCAGCCAAUGCUUCAUCAUCCCCUCGGAUCAGUAUAAACACCACCCCUUAUGGCUCGCCAAGCAAAUCAUGGUUUGAAAUGGUGGAAGGCGAUGAUGAUGUUGAGCUGUAUUCUGAUGAGCAUUUCCAGAGAAUCACAACACCUGACGUCCUUCAGCCUCUUUCAUCACCCACGACCAUAAAUGGUAUUUCACCUCCCACAAGCGAUGAUGAGGAAGAUGAAGCAGCUAUUCCUGGUACAGAUGGUGAUGCAACAUUGGAAGAUGACUCAUCGAGGCCUCACAUGCUUAGAAGCCGUUGGACCAUAUUUUACGAUCAAGGAUUCAAGACAGGCACAAAUCCCGAAGAUUACGAGAAAUCAAUUAAUCAAAUCGGAUCUUUUGAUAGUAUUGAAGAUUUUUGGAGGUAUUGGAAUAAUAUUAACCUGCCCUAUUACAAAAUGCCUUCAUAUCUCAAUUUGAGAUUAUUUAAAGAGGGUAUUAAACCUUUGUAUGAGGAUCCAAAGAAUAUUGACGGAGGACGUUGGGUCAUUCAAACUCAUAAAAAGGAGUCACGCCAGGCCACAUGGAAUGAAAUUGUUCUGGCUGUCAUUGGAGAGAAGCACUUCAGCGACAAGUAUGAGGUGAAUGGCGUAGUAUUAAGCAGCAGAAAAACAUAUGAUGCCAUUCAGAUAUGGAAUGGAUGCAUGCUGGAUAGAAAACACAUUCAAUACAUCAUGAAGAAAAUUAGGAGCAUUUUGCAAAGUAUUGACACCGAUGACACCACCACAAUCGAAUAUCAAGCCAACAGAGGAGUUAAAAAAUACAAUGAAAAGGAGACAAUUCGGAAAUCAGUGUUGCAAGCUCUUCGCAAUCAAGUCAGAUUCACUUCGUUCUCUCCUCCUUCAUCUCCGUCGUUGAAUUCGCCUUCUUUCCCUCCAAUUAUGACCUCUACCUCCAAACACCUUUCUCCUCUCUCCAAUCCAGCCAAUAUGUACACAGCUGCCGACUUUUUACCUCCUCUCUCACUUGAAGAAUUAGAAUCCGAGUUGUUAAAAUCAUCUGAUUCGAAGAACGAUGACAUCGACCCUCCAGCAGCAGCAUCAACAUUAUCCUCAACAACUAAUACUGUACAGAAAUCGAAUGAUCUGAAAGACAAUAGCGACUCUCUUCCAUCCAAACGCAACGAUCAGGGAUCCUCAUCAUCUUCUCAAAUCACUCCAAAUACAUUAUUCAGUGCUGGCCAUUCCAUAGGACGUGCAAGUGGAGGAUUUGUGGUUGGAAGAGGAUUCCAUCUAAAUAGCUCUAGAUCAAGAUUACAAAAUAAUAACUCUCACAAAUCUUCCAUUGUGAAAGCAGACACAAUCGAAGACACACCACAACACAUGGAUGAAGAAAAGGUCUCUACUCCACCAUCACAACCCACUUCAGAUAAGCUCAAAGACUCCACUCAUGAAGAAAAUUACUGUUCGACUUCUUCCCAUAGCGAUGAGGAGGAAAGCGAUGGCGAUACAGACGUUUCGACUACAUCAUCAACUAACAAUGCUCAACAAGAGAGUGACGAAGAAACUUCUACUACCGAAGAAAUGCAAACAAAACCAUCUUCUGUGAUCAAAGGAAGUAUUAAGCAUAAUGGUGAAGUUUUAAAAUUAAUUUCACUUUUUGUAAUGGCAGUAAUUUGGCAAAUCAUUAAUACGACGAAGUAA